AUGUCCACCAAGCAUAAGAAGGUUUUAUUGAAAAUGAUUUUGAUUGGUGAUUCUGGUGUCGGCAAGUCAAGCUUGAUGAAUCAAUUCAUCGAAAAAACUUUUACUGCCCAAUACAAGGCGACCAUUGGAGCAGACUUUUUAACAAAAGAGGUAUCUAUUAAUGGUACUGCAGUGACUCUUCAAAUUUGGGACACGGCUGGACAUGAGAAAUUUAUGAGUUUUGGCGCAGCAUUCUAUAGAGGUAGCGACUGUUGUUUGUUGGUCCUCGACGUCACAAACGAACAAUCAUUCAAGUCCCUCGACACUUGGAAAAAGGAGUUUUUAAAUGGGGCUAAUGUCACCAAUCCAAAAGACUUUCCGUUUGUUGUAUUGAUUAAUAAGAUGGAUGAAGACCCAUCAAAACACACAGUCAACGUCAACGCAGUCAAACAAUGGUGUGAAAACAAUGGAGCUAUUCCUUAUUAUGAAACAUCUGCAAAGACAGGCCUUAGAGUCGACCAAGCAUUCUUAGAUGUCGCCACAAAGGUUGUUCAAUCAAUGAAAGAAGUGACCACCGCUCCUUCGGGGUCAAUCAACAUUGAAAACACCCCUCCUCCAAAGAAAGAAAGUGGGUGCUGCUGA